AUUCCUUACACCCCGUGGCAGGAUGAAGCAUAUCGGAACAAGAAACUCAGUAUGACUCUGCAAUCUGCUUUUGGAAGCAUGCUUUUGGUACCAAAGACGGCGUUGACUCAGUUUCUUGGCUUAUCGCGCCGCUUCCGAGCUCGUCAGCUUACUGCUACAACAUAUCUGGAUGGCUUGGCAGGUCUUCUACAUCGUUAUGAUGCUGAAGUGAUCUCUGAUGCGAAGUCGCACUCGUCUCUUUCUGAUGACCAGACAACUAGCUCACAAGUCGACAUGUCCUGGCUAGCUGAGAUGAUUACUUUGUUGCCAGAUGUAGGCUUGCAACGUGCUCUCUUACGUGUGCUAUUAGGUGAAGGCGCGGCCCGACUUCCUAAUUCAGGGGAUACGGAAUCAGGGGAUCUGCCAAAUUGGCUCCGUCAACAAGUAUCUAAAAUGAAACGACCUCGUGCGAAGGCGCCACCGAGCUGGGCAAAAGGUGUUAUAGCGCUAGUAACACCCUGUCGGUUUUGCGGGCAGGUCGUUCUCCGUCGUGAUCUUAAGAUGCAUACUGAGCUGGCCAACCACUGA